AUGGCGAUUCAGUACGUACACAGUUUCUUUCGCCGGGAUCCAAGUCGUACACCCAAAUAUGAAAAACUCGACCGCUUCGUUGCAAAGUCACAGGGACAGUACCAAGCCAAGUUUCUGGAUGAAGAGAAGCAGUUCCUUCGAAUCACUCGAGCUUUUGUGGACAGCAACAGCGUGGAAGACACGAUUGAAGACGUCUUCAAGGCGAUGAAAAAAAGAGGGCUGAAGAAAUAUUGGCAGCGGAGGCUCACUGUGACUGGUUGCUCACCAGAUCAUGUCAAGGUUGACAUUGCGGACCUGCAGAAGUGA